AUUUUUUAAAAUUAUCCCACUGCUUACGUACGAUGUGAGGAUUACGGCGCCUGGAAAAGAGUAUCUUCUGUACUAUUACAAUCAAGAGUAUCGCGAUGGUUACAGCACAAUGCAGAGUUUGAACGACACUGCAAUGAAAGUGGAUCUGCAAAUUGUUCCACCUGUUGCUCUGGAAAUCGGGGUAUUUAAUGUGAUCCUGUCAGUCAUGUCAAGCCAAGGUGUGGAGGACUUGCUACAAGGUGUAUUGAUGACAGCAGAACUCUCAGUGAUACAGUGCGAGCAAGGAGACGACUGUGAAGCAUUCUUCAAAGAAUGGACUGGACUUGAGACUGACUUCAAGGAAUUGAAAUGCGGUAAUGGACUGCAGCAGGAGUAUCUGUCAUAUCAGCAAUGUCGGGAAUCGUCAGCACCCGGACCAGGUAACUUCACUGAAUUGAUUCUGACAUUCAAAGACAACGUCUUGCAUUCCUGGCCAUACACCAAGGCUGCCUCGGAUUAUUUUCUUACAUUCUUUUACUGUCUCUCUUUCUUACAUUUCCCCCAUAUUAUAGCUCCCGUUGUUUCAUCGUCGGCCCGGUAUUUGAUUGAGGCUCCUAGUGACUUGCCGAGUGAUCAGCCUUUCCCAGUUGAGUGCCCAAUUGAGAAUGCCGCUAGCUACGAUUGGUACCGAAUCAACGCUGACGGCCAGCGUGACUUCGUUACCAAUGGCUACGCUCUCAUCUUUCCUUCCUUUGAAGAACUGCGGGACCAAGGAGCUUACAUCUGUGUUGGAAGAGGCAGAGGGUCACUCAUCGAUGUUACCGCCGAGUAUCAAGCCAUCAUUAUGAAAUCAGGCAUCACCACAUUGAUGGCAAACGUGACGCUUGUGAACGGAACAUUUACCGACGAUCUACUAAAUACAUCGAGUGCUGCUUUCAAGAACCUCACGGAUGACAUACGCAGCAAGAUGCCGUUGGAUAUGAUAUACAAGGCCGUGGUGAGCUACGAGGUUUCGCGCUUCUAUCCAGGCAGUGUUAUCGUUGAUUUCAAAGUAAUCGUGAAUUCUCCAAGCAAUGAGUCUGAUGCUGAUACAGUUGUCUCAAUGCAAAGAGCACUGUCUGAAUAUGCAUCCACUAACCCAGGACUGGGUCUCGAUCCCUACAGUGUUAAAGUAGUGUCACUCUCCUCCUGUCCACGUGAGGUUCUUGAAUUACAAGGCAAGAAUGUGACCUUCCCGCAAACUAGAAUAGGACUUGGGGUUGAAAUACUGGAAGAAUGCGUCGUUGGUGAAAAGCACGGUCGCGUUCUCAUAUCUCGAGAUUGUUCGGGGGAUUUCACCGUGGGUGCUCAGUGGCUUCAACCCGUGCUGGGAAAUUGCAGCGUUGAUGUCAAUGGUCAGCUGGAUAUAUUAAAAAAGAUAACGGUAACGAGUGAGAACGUGGUGGAGGUGUCGGAGUCUCUGGAAUCCCUGACCAAGGAUGCCUCAUCAAUCAACGGUGAAGCUGUGGCAUUAGUGGCUGACGUCCUGGAUAAUAUUCUGACAAUCCGGGAUCCUUCCCCAGAAAUAACAUCAAGUGUUGUGAGUGUGGUCAACAACCUCCUACAGGUCAAUGACGAGGCUUUCAACAAUGUACCAGACGGAGACUCCACAUCCCGCAUUGUACAAGGCCUCGACAGUCAAAUCUCGUACGUUCUCGAAGACGGAGCGAACUUUACCGCGGUUACACCUAGUCUUGCUGUCGAGGCGCUAAAUAUCCCUCCGAGUUCCCUGCAUGAAGGUGUGGGAUUCGUUGUCAAAGUGGGAGAGUCUACGGAUGGCGUGCUGAAGAACGAUAGUGUCAGUGUCUAUUACCCCAUCUCUGAUUUCCCUGCAGAGACAGUGGAAUCGUCCAUCCAUCUUCCCGAUGAGAUAUUACUGAAACAUCCAACAGCUGCUAGUCCGGUACCCAUUAGUUUCACCGUGUAUCAAACCAGCAAGUUAUUUCACUCGAAGCGGAUUGCUGAAGCUGAGUCCACUGGUUCCCGUCUGUUUGUGGAUAGUGCAAUCAUUUCUGCUACGGUGGUUGGUGUCCAUGUCGAGAACCUACCAGAUGACAACCCAGUGGUUGUUACCUUCAAUCAAAAUCCAGUGAUUGAAGGGGCGGUGCAGUGCGUUUUCUGGGAUAACGAGCUCCAAGAUGGCGUCGGGGAUUGGUCACCAGAGGGCUGCAGACUAGUGACCUCAAUCAGCGAGAGGACUGUGUGUCACUGUGAUCAUGCUACCAGCUUUGCAGUACUCGUGGACAUUCACGGCCAAAAGUACUCGAGCCUAGCUCUGGAUAUCAUCAGUAAGAUUGGAUGUGCUGUGUCAAUUGCUUCCCUUGUUUUCACAAUCAUCAUUUACCUCUCCAUCAAGUCCUUGAGAGAGAAGACACCAAGUUGCAUCUUGAUUUGCUUCUCUUUCUCACUGCUCUGUCUCUAUCUGGUCUUCCUGGUUGGUAUUGAGCAGACAUCGUCUCGCAUAGGUUGCAUCAUCGUUGCAGUGUUGAUGCACUAUUUCACUCUAAGCUCCAUGGCAUGGAUGGGAGUCGAGGCAACCAACCUCUAUCUGAAACUCGUUAAAGUCUUCAACUCUAACGUGGAACACUUCAUGGUCAAAGCCUCUAUCGCUGCCUGGGGAUUGCCAAUGAUUGUUGUUGGUGUAAUACUAGCAGUGAAUUACAAAGAGUACGAAAACGAAAGCAGUUGUUUCUUGAAGCGCGGUGCAGCCUUCUACUACGGUCAGCUGCUCAUAAUCGGCCUCGUCUUCCUUUAUAAUGCCGUCAUCUUUGUCCUGAUCGCCCAUAGCUUGACCUGCAAGGCUAAUUAUAAAGUGGUCCAAAGCUCCAACACGAAAGGCAAGCGAAGUCAAAUGGUCAAGCGGCUGCAGAACAUGGCUGCCAUCUCAGUGCUUCUCGGUCUUACCUGGGCCUUCGGUCUCCUCUCAGUCAUCGAGUCUUCCAACUUUGCCUUCCAAGUCCUUUUCUGUGUCUUCAACUCCCUGCAAGGUCUGUUCAUCUUCCUGUUGUUCGUUGUCCGACAUGAUAACGUGCGAGGCAAGGUCCUCGGGUGCUUGCAGAAGACACUGGUGCCAUGUGGAACCCUCUCAUCAUCCGCAUCAAAUCUCAAGCUCAAGUCACAGUCGCGAUUGAAUGAUGUUGGUGAUGGGGGUAAUGGGAUGGAGGGGAAUGUCUAUGGUAAUUAUCGGGCUUUAGAUCAAAUGAAGGUCGGUUUGAGUUUAGGGGAAGAAGAGUGUGUCUCUGAUAACCAGAUUACAGAUCAAUCGAAAAAGGGAGAGAAUGAAGAGAAAGAAGAAAAUGUCUCUGAAAACGAGGCUUUUGAUCAGCUGAAGAUGGAUGAGAUUAAAGUGAAAGGCGAGAAUGAGGAUGAGCACCAAGCUAUGACGACCGGUCUGUAAAUCAACAAACAAUGAAUACAACUGCGGGGGAAAAUGAACUGUAUAGGAUUACCUAUCUUAAGAUCACUUGUAGGCAGGUCGUUGAUACAAUUAACGAAAACAAAAUCAUCGUUAUCUUUACAAAUAAUAUAUCGAGUUUGAUUACUGAUUACUGUAACCAUCUCAAAAGAUGUCUUCAAUGAAGUCAUGAAACACUUUUAAGUAGCUGAUUGCCUUGAGAUGGAACACGUCAACAACGGACUCAGAGCCCGAGGCAGGCAAAUUAGUCUUCAACGAUUUAAAACUCUUUUCCGAAAUAUUUUUACUUUGUUCUUUGCGUUUACUUGUACUGUGAUUUUCUUUCAUUUAUCUUCAUUUUCAUUUGUUUACUAUAUCGUCGUGUAUUUGAAUAUAUCACAGUUUUGUUAAUUUUAAAUUGUACAUUUUAUUUUUAUUUUCAUUUCAAAUUUUGAUCAGUCAUAUUUGCAUGUAAUUUGCAUAUGUUGUAGGCUUGUAGCUAAUUUCCUGUUAUUAAAUAUCCCAUGUCCGUUAUUAAGUAUUAACAAUUGUUAUUUAUAUCAGGCUUCCAGCGGUAAAAGUAAAUAAGCGUAUUGUAUGCUUUCAUAAAAAGUGCCAGGAUGACUGCAAUAAUAAAGUACCCGGUUGACCACCCUCGACUCCACGGGCACGUGCG